CGAUUGAACUGCUGCAUGGGCAGUGUGUCCGUUUUUAGUCUGCUGGGGCUGUCGAGUAUUCUUCAGUCAUUCAGAAAUAUUCCUGUCGUAGGUAGAGUAAGGUGUUAUUCUCAGAGUCGCAGUUAUUUGCGUGUCAAAUUUUAAAGUACUUGCUAGUCGGAGAUCAAGGCUGAAAAAUGACUCGUGGUAAUCAACGAGAUUUAGCCCGUGCCAAAAACAUGAAAAAAUCUGCAAAUAAACCAGCCGGAGAACAGGAAAGCAACAAGGGAUUGACUCUGGAACAGCGUAAACAGCGGGAUGCAGAUCGAAUGAGAGAAAAACAAUCUAAAAAACAGCAAGAUGGAGAUGGAAAGGUGAAACAGGGUGCAAGUUAAUUACUCUGCUUAGAUAUAUCAAUUACCAAGACUCAAAUAACACGAGUUUAAGUAAGUUAAUCCUAAAUUAAAAAUCUAAAUCUAAGCAGCGUCAUAGGAACACCAUUUUGCCUACCUGAAUAUUACUGUAUAAUGUAUAGCGGAAGGAAAUUUAUUGUACUAGAAACAGUCUUAGUUAGUGAAAUUGAAUUCCCACAAUUUGCGCCAACAAAGCUCAGCAAAUAAUAUUGACGUUCAACUUAAUUGUUUCAAGACAUUGUCGUAUUGUUAUGUCACUGUUUUGUGCACUUAAAUCUCACUGACAAAACUAUGAUAUUGAGAUAUGGAUAUACGUUAGUCGAAUGCAUGUAGUGUUCCAUGAUUUGAAUCAAUUACCACAGUUGAAAAUAAGGAAUCAAUGGAAUUUUGACUGUUUAGUAUUCUAGCAAUAACGAUAUACCUGUCCAUGUCCAAAAAAUUAUGACGGUUCUGACAAGAGCUCCUAUCUUUGAAAGCUUCUGAAUGACUAUGGUACAACUUAUUUCAAAUGUUAUGAACAUAGUUUGAUCGAACUUUCAUUAAGAAGAAAUUAUUAUUUUGUUCAAAAUUAACUCUUACUUUUUGUCUUGCAUCAAAUAAAUUUAUUAAAAUUUUA